AUGUCUAACAUAUUUAUUUUGAGAGUUCAAUCAUCCGAAGGUACAAAAAGAAUUGAUUGGACUACACAAGAUACAUAUAAAAAAUUAUAUGAAAAAGUUGUCGAUGUAUUUUCAUUAUCAUCAUCAGAUCAUUUUGUUUUAUAUAGAGAACAAAAUAAAAAAUCACCAAUACCUCGUUCACCAAUAAAAACGAAUUUCCGACAUGGUGAUAUAAUUUAUCUUGUUUCAGAACAGGAUAAUUUAUUUUCAAAAGAAAAUAGUUCUUCUUCAUUAAUUAUCAAAUCUGAUAAACCAAUAAUUAAAUCAUCUUCACAAUUAAAUUUUCUUUCAAAAUUACUUGACAUUAAAGAAGAUGAUGUUGAUUUACAAUUAGAGAAAAUCGAUGGAAGAAUACCUCGACAACAAGAUCCACAAUUAUGUCGGCAUAAUCGACAUGGAAAAUGUUUGAAUUGUAUACCAAUUGAACCAUAUGAUGAGGAAUAUUUAAAAAAUCAUAAUCCACCUAUUAAACAUAUGUCUUUUCAAGCUUAUAUUAGAAAAUUACAAAAUGAAACAUCCGGUGAUAGAAAUACAUUUUCUAGUUUGGAAAAUAUUAGUUGUUCUAUUAAAGAUCAAUGUUCAACAGGUCAUGCUCCAUGGCCGAAAGGAGUUUGCACAAAGUGUCAGCCAAAUCCGAUGACUCUUAUGCUCCAGCCAUAUCGUCAUGUAGAUAAUAUAAUGUUUGAAAAUGGAAAUAUGGUAAAUCGUUUUCUUAAUUAUUGGCGUUCAGCAGGUCAUCAACGUAUUGGUUUUCUCUAUGGUCGAUAUGAAGUUUAUGAUGGUGUUCCACUUGGUGUUCGAGCUGUUGUUACUGCUAUAUACGAACCACCACAAGAAACAUCAAAAGAUAGUGUUGAAUUAAUUUUUCCUGAUUUACACGAAGGAAUUGUUGAUGAAUUAGCUGAUUGUCUUGGUAUUCGUCGUAUUGGAUGGAUAUUUACUGAUCUUAUACCGAAUGAUAAAAGAUUGGGUACUGGACCUGUUGUUCAUCAUCGAGGAAAUAUGAAUACAUUAUUUUUAACUGCACAAGAAUGUAUUAUGGCUGGUUGGUUUCAAAAUAAACAUUUAAAUAGAUGUAAAUAUUCACCAGAUGGUCAUUUUGGUUCAAAAUUUGUUACUGUUGUUGUUACUGGUGAUGCAUCUGGACAAAUUCAAUUUGAAGGUUAUCAAGUAUCAAAUCAAUGUAUGGCUUUAGUUAAAUCAGAUAUUUUACUUCCAACUUACGAUGCACCUGAAUUAGGUUAUAUCAAAGAAACAAGUUCCGAACAAUAUGUUCCUGAUGUUUAUUAUAAAGAAAAAGAUUCUUAUAAUAAUGAAAUAAUGAAAAUAGCUCGUCCAUUACCAUUAGAAUAUUUAAUUAUUGAUAUUCCAACAGGUUUUCCAACAGCAAAUGCACAAAUACAAUCAACAUUUAAUGAUAAUUGUUCAAUCAUAACAACACCAUUUUGUGUUGAAAAUCGAACAAAAAUAAAUGAAUUACAAGAUAUGGAUACAUUAGCAUUAUAUGUACAACAGUUUGCAGAGAUUGAUGUUAAAAAUUCAAAAUCGAAUCCAUAUAAAGCAACGGAUAUUUUAGCUGAUCUUCAUUUAUUACUAUAUCUUGUAGUCAAUGAUAUUUUCCAAUUUUCUAUGGAUCAACUUAAUCCAUUACUUAAUUCAUUACGUACUAAUGACUUAAAAGGAGUUGAAACAUGGAUGGAAGGUGAUCAUUGGCAAACAUUGCUUCAACUUCUUCAAAUAGAACUUCCAAGUUUAUCAUCAUCAGUUAAUCAAUUAACACACACGGAUUCCGAAGAACAAUCAUCACAAUGGACUUGUUCACAAUGUACUUUUCUCAAUAAUAAUUCCAAUCAAAAAUGUGAUAUGUGUUCUUUAGAAAACAAUACGUCCUCUUAA